GUGAUGCUCGUUGCCGCUGCCUCCGCCGCUGCCACCUGAACGUCUGGUCCCGUCCCGCCGUGGUGGGCAUGGGGCUGGGCUCGAGCUCCGAGGUCCCCGACGGCGGCGCCGAGGGCUUCCACGUACACGGGGUUCAGGAAAACUCUCCAGCUCAACAAGGAGGACUGGAACCUUUCUUUGAUUUCAUCAUUGCCAUAGGACACACAAGGCUUAAUAAAGAAAACAAUAUGUUGAAAGAUCUGCUGAAGGCAAAUGCUGAAAAAGUAGUGAAGCUGGAGGUGUAUAAUAUCAAAACAAUGAAAAUAAGAGAGGUGGAGGUGAUCCCCAGUAACAUGUGGGGAGGACAAGGCCUUCUUGGAGCCAGUGUGAGGUUCUGCAGCUUCCAGGGAGCCAAUGAACAUGUGUGGCAUGUUUUGGAUGUUGAACCUGCAUCUCCUGCAGCUCUAGCUGGCCUCCAGCCGAACACUGACUACAUUGUUGGAUCUGAUCAGAUUCUUCAGGAGUCAGAGGAUUUCUUUUCACUGAUUGAAUCCCAUGAGGGGAAGCCACUGAAGCUGAUGGUUUAUAACACUGAAGCUGAUUCCAUUCGAGAGGUAGUUGUGACUCCCAAUGGAGCUUGGGGUGGAGAAGGAAGCUUAGGAUGUGGCAUUGGCUAUGGCUAUUUGCACAGAAUUCCAACACAGGCUGCAACAUCAAAGAAAAAGCCAGAAAGCAAACCACCUUCACCCUUACCGGAAGCUGGAACUCCUGUACCUUCAACUAAUGGCUACACUGAGACUCCAUUACUGGCACCUACUUCUCAGAGUGACAACUCAGGAGCAGUUAUGGACUUGCAUCAUUCCACAGAUCAAGAAAUGAGUGGUUAUUCACCAGAAAGCUCACUUUCCCCUCCUCCCCCUCUCCAGAGAGUUAUGGAUCCAGGAUUUCUAGAUAUGUCUGAUAUUUCACUUCCUGAACUCACUAACUUAACCAGUGUGCCCAACAUGUCUUCAGCUGCCUCCUCCACCAUGCCAGCAGCAGAUGCUUCAGUAGGCACUGAGAAGUUAAUGCUGAGCACUGACGUUUCUGCUUAUUUUGAAAAUGCCACAGCCUUGGACCCUGAAGAUGUCCCCAUGCAUUCUGAAGGCUCAGUUAAACAGCUGGAUGACCUCCUGCCUUCAGUUCCAUCUUUACCUUCUUUUGCUCUUCCUAAUGAAAUUUCUUCAAACCCAACACUUGGAACUGAUCCUGACAACCCAGAAUCAAAGCUGCUCUUAAACAGUAUUGAGAGCUCAUUAACCACAAGUCCAGGGAAUCCAGAUGCUGAAGCAGCAAGUGAACAGAAAGAAGCAGCAGCUGCACAAGAGCGUGAGUGAAAUGGAUGCUGCUUUUGUUUACAGACUGCCACGUGCUGCAAGACUACAGCCAGGAAUAGUUUUCUGACCUUGAAAGAAUUAACAGUUACUCUAUUUUGUUAGUGUAGACCACAUUAUAAAAGAAACACCAAUCUUGCUGUCAUGCCCAGUCAUUGUUUAAUGGAUUGGUCUAUGUUCAGACUUUGAAUGCUGUGCAAAAUCACCGAAUGAAUGGAGAAAUGAAAGCAGAAACAGGUUGGAGAUGGGCAAAACGUCAAGCUCCUGAAUUCACAGGUCUGUGAAUGCUCCUGAAUGUAUUUAUCAAGGCAACCUGCCUGAACAGUGACACUUAAUGAUGAUCUUCUCAGUGUGAUUGAUAGCACUGAAAAGAAAUGUAUGGUUUUGGCUUGCUUGAAAGCUUUAUAAUGGUACACCUCAAUUAGUUCCUGUGAUUUUUAAGGUAUUGCCUACCCUAAGCCAUCUUUAUUUCUACUGACUGCUCUGCAAACUGUUAUUCUUCUUGUUUUACAGUCCCUCCUCUGUCACUGUGAUUCAUGUGUCUUCUCUACAGCUACUUUUGCAGGAAGUAAAGUACCAUAUGGUUUGAAGCUGCAGCAUCUAGCUAAGGCAAAAUCAUGUUGGUGGGUCCUGUGAUUCACUUCAGCUCUUCAGUGGCUCGUGUGGUGGUUUCACAGCUAAAAAAAAUCCCCAAACAGUGGGGAUGGAAUGAUGGUCAUUUAAAACAAACUGAUUUCAGGCCUGUGUGUUUUCAGGGUGCUGAACCUUUUCAGUGGAGCUGAAGAAGUCUUGGUUUCUGUAGUGACAGAGAAAUAGCUUUUAAUCAGUUAUGCUUUUGUAUUUACCCAUUUCUGGUUUGAUACAAAUCAUUUUGAUUUUAAGGCUUAGUGAUGGAGCAGGUUAGUGCAACAACAUUACUGCUUCUUGGAGGAGUUUUUUUUGGUUGUGUUUGCAUUUGUUUUCAAAUAGUUCCUGAAUGUAAUGGGAAACAUGAAAUGAACAUGAAAGAAAUAUGGGUAUUUUUAUGCCUCUCAGGGCAGUGAUUUAUCAUGGAAUUUCAAAGCUACUGAUUUGGAAUAGCUUUACUAUAGCUGGUACAGUUGGUGUGGUGAGAAUUCUUCCUAAAUGAAGAGAGUGAGGUAGAAGGUUGU